CUCUCUCUCUGUUUCAAAGCAUAUAGUACAAUAAACCAAAGCCGCCUCUGCUUCAUUGUACUAGAGACAGUUCACCUAGGAUUCAACAAAUAUUGGUGUUUUAGGGAAGGAAUUUUCCACAUUGAAAAACUUGGUCUUUAGUACAAAUGGGGAGGCACUCUUGCUGUUACAAGCAGAAACUAAGGAAAGGACUGUGGUCACCAGAGGAAGACGAGAAACUCUUGAGGUAUAUUACCCAGUACGGCCAUGGUUGUUGGAGCUCUGUACCUAAACAAGCUGGUCUGCAAAGGUGUGGGAAGAGCUGCAGAUUGAGGUGGCUUAAUUACUUAAGGCCUGAUUUGAAAAGAGGCACAUUUUCAGAGCAAGAAGAGAAUCUUAUAAUUGAACUCCAUGCAGUUCUUGGGAACAGGUGGUCACAGAUUGCAGCACAAAUGCCAGGAAGAACUGAUAAUGAAAUAAAGAAUCUGUGGAAUUCUUGCCUGAAAAAGAAGCUGAGACAGAGAGGUAUUGACCCAGUCACUCACAAACCUCUAUCAGAAGUUGAAAAUGGAGAAGACGACAUGAAGACUCCAUCAAAUAGUCAAGAUAAGGUUUCUGGGUUAUCAAGUGAACUCAACAUUCUCAGCUCCGACAACAACUCAAGGCCUCUGACCAAUUUGCAAGAAAAUAUACCUUCUUCAGUUUCUGGACAAAUUAAUGGCAGCAAUGGAUAUGCUUCUUCAACCUCCCCUGAUGAAGGCUCAACCUGUUUUCCUCUCCAGAACCAAUUCAACUACUUACCAAAUCCAAGAAUCCCCACAAAUUCAAACCCAAAUCUCUGGUUUACCCAGACAAGCAAAGCUUUUGAUAUGAACUCUGAAUUCACUUCCACUUCAUCUUCAAUCCUUCCACCAAUAAGCAACAACUCUUUUGUUUCUUCAACUCCUCCUCCUAUGACUUACAGGCCUCACAUUACUCUUCCUCCUGAUACUCCCACUAUGGCUUCUUUCCCAAUCAAUGGUUCUCGAUACUGGGAACCUGGUGCCCCAAGCAAUAACAGUAACAGCAGCAGUGGAAGCUCCUUCUUUGAGAACAACUUAUUUUCUUGGGGAUCAUCGGUAGAAUGUGGAGCAACAUCAAUGAAAGAGACCCAGAUCCACCAGCUACUGGAAACCCAAAAUGGAGAGAUCAAGUGGCCUGAAUAUCUCCAAAAUCCGGUGUUAAUGGCUGCUGCUUUACAGAAUCCUUAGUCUUUGUACAAUGAGAGUAAGUCAUUAACUCAUAUUUUGAGUGAUAAUUCAAGUGGAUUGUUGAAUCAUAAUCAGCAGCAAGAGAACACUGAUUCUCACAGGCUUACGACGGCCUACGGACAGUUAUAGCUUUGAAUUGAUUCAACAAAUGCUGCUUCUGCUUCUUCUUCUUCUUCUUCUUCAUCUUCAUCAUGGUUGAUUAAAGGUGUGUGUGCCAAUUGAGUUUUCUUCUGUAUAUAAGUCUUUUGCUACAAACAUUUCUUACUUUGUUGCCUUUUUUUUGUUCUUAAACUUGUUGGGUUUGGUUAGAAUUGCAGAAUAAAGUUUGUUAUGUUGUCUUUUUUCUCUUACUGGAUAUGCUUUGUGUUGUUG